AUGAAGUUGAAUCUGGCCACAGGCCUCAUCUUCUUCUUGGCGUCCACAGAGGCAGUAGCUGCCUCGAGUUGGUGGAGCAAGGCGGUGUAUAACAAAUGGCAUGAGACCGAGCUGGAGAGAUGGCUUUCUGAUCACGAUAUUCCGCACCCCAGCCCCGCCGACCGUCGCGAUCUCGAAAACUUGGUCAAGACCAACUGGGAUACCAAGGUGCAAAAGCCCCUUGGACACAUUGCGGACCAGGCCAAUGACCAAAUUCACCACGCUAAGGAAUGGAUCUUUGAUACUUGGUCCGACACCCAGUUGAAAGCCUUCCUUGAUCGCCACGGCAUUCCAGCACCCCAGCCUCGCAAGCGCGAUGUGCUGAUCAAGACCGCACGAGAGAGUUACGAAAACAUCGCCACCAAGGUCGGCGAGGCUGCCUCUUACCCUGGCGAUUGGGUCUAUGAAACCUGGUCCGAUUCGGACCUCAAGGGAUGGCUCGACGAGCGUGGAUGGCCCGCACCUCAGCCUUCCACUCGGGAUAAGCUGAUUGCGUCGGUGCGCCGAAACUCUCGCAUUGUCAGUCUGCAGGCGCGCAGCAUUGCGGCAUCAGCGUCAGCUGAGGCUGAGGCUGCCAAGGAGUCUCUGAGCGAGGAACUCUUCAAUGCCUGGUCCGACUCCAAGUUGAAGGAGUUCCUCGAUGAGCAUGACGUCAAGGUGCCUCAGGGAUCCAAGCGCAACGAGCUCAUUGCCCUGGCUCGCAAGCACCGCUACAAUCUUUCCAACCAGGCUUCCAGUGCGGCCGGCGCUGCUCAGGAUGCAUUUGGCGCUGCUACCACGAAGGCUGGAAACGAGUAUGCCCGCGCUACUGAUGAUGUCAAGCUCAAGGCCUCGGAUGGGUUCGAGACUGCUUUGAACGGCUGGUCUGACUCCCGUUUGAAGGCUUUCCUUGAUGCACGCAGCGUCCCCGUUCCACAAAAUGGCAAGCGCGAUGAACUCAUCGCGAAGGUUCGUGCCAAUGCCCACAAGGCUGCUGGUGGAUGGAAUCAGUACAACUUCGACACCUGGGACAAGGAGCACCUCGUCAACUAUCUGUCUGCGAUGAACCACAAGGCAGCCAAGAAGGUCGAUGCCUCGCGUGAAGAGCUUGUCAAGAAUGCUGAAGAUUCAUACGUCAAGGCAUCCAAGGCUGGCGGCGAGCAGUACGCAUCUGCCACUGCCUCUCUCGCUCAAGCCACUGGCUCCGCUAAGGACGCCACCUUCAAUCAAUGGUCGCACUCAGAACUCAAGAGAUACUUGGACAACUACGGAAUCCCCACCUACCAGGGUUCCAGCAUUAACGAGCUCCGCGCUGCCGCUCGGCGCAAUGCCCAGUACUUCAAGUACGGCACCACCAACCCGCAGGAUACCAUCUACGCCCGAGUCGUGGAUACCCUGCAGUGGGUCGUGGAGCAGCUCAAGGUUGGCGCUGCUAGCGGGCGGGCCCAGGGUUCCGAUGCUGCCGAGAAGGUCCAGGAGAAGGUCUCCGAGAAGAGUGAGAGACUGCGUGGUGAACUGUGA